UUCCCCAUAUUUGUUGAAUGGUACUGGUCAUAGCAUUGAUGGCUAGUUGUUUGGUGACUGUUAUCCAAUCAAUGGCCGGCCAUUAGCGCUUUAAUAUUACUCAUCCAAGCCAGCACUGGCAUGUUACUGCAUUCCUCCUUUUUCUAGCUAUUCACUAAUUCUAGCUGAUCAAGAUUUGUCCGUGGCCACUAUGGAGAUAGAGGUGGCAAGUAAUAGUUAUGGUGGUACUGGUAAUAACUUUUGUGAUGGUGCUAGCAGUUGCGCGUAUCAAGAUAAGGUGGCGCCGGACUGUGGUGGGGAGAGGGGGGUGUAUUUGGUGUGGGAGGAUCUAACGGUGGUGUUACCGAAUUUUGGAAAUGGCCCGACAAAGAGGUUGCUUCAAGGACUUAGAGGGUAUGCUGAACCAGGUAGGAUCACGGCUAUUAUGGGUCCAUCUGGGUCUGGAAAAUCCACUCUUCUUGAUUCACUAGCAGGUAGGUUGUCAAGAAAUGUGAUAAUGAGUGGAACGGUUCUCUUCAAUGGGAAGAAGAGGAGGCCAGACGCUGGUGUUGCUUAUGUGACACAAGAGGAUGUGUUAUUAGGAACUCUUACAGUCAGAGAAACGAUCACUUACUCUGCAAAUUUAAGGCUUCCAAAUACAAUGACCAAAGGGGAGAUUGAUGAUGUCGUAGAAGCAACAAUAAUGGAAAUGGGUCUCCAAGAAUGUUCUGAUCGGGUGGUCGGAAACUGGCAUUUGAGAGGCAUAAGUGGUGGUGAAAAGAAGAGAUUAAGCAUUGCACUAGAAAUCCUGACAAGGCCACGUCUCUUGUUUCUUGAUGAACCUACAAGUGGUCUUGAUAGUGCCUCAGCUUUCUUUGUAAUUCAAACACUUAGAAAUAUAGCUCGCGAUGGAAGGACGGUUAUAUCCUCCAUUCACCAGCCAAGUAGUGAAGUUUUUGCGCUCUUUGAUGAUCUUUUCUUACUCUCCAGUGGUGAAACUGUAUAUUUUGGGGAUGCAAAGAUGGCUGUUGAGUUCUUUGCUGAAGCUGGAUUUCCAUGUCCAAGAAGGAGGAAUCCUUCUGAUCAUUUCCUACGCUGCAUAAAUUCAGACUUUGAUGCCAUAACAGCUACACUGAAAGGAUCUCAAAGAAUUCGUGAUGUCCCAAAAUCAGCAGACCCUUUGAUUAAUUUGGCAACAGCAGAGAUCAAAGCAAGACUUGUUGAGAAAUAUAGGCGCUCGAAUAUUGCACAAAAGGUCAAAGCAAGGGUUAAGGAUAUAUCAGUUAUUGAAGGACUAGAAGUUGAUAUUCGAAGUGGAAGUGAUGCAAGCUGGUGGAAACAACUUUCGACACUGACCCGAAGAUCAUUUGUGAACAUGUCCAGAGAUAUGGGGUAUUACUGGGCAAGGAUAGUGAUCUACAUAGUUGUUUCCAUCUGUGUUGGUACAAUCUAUUAUGAUGUUGGAUAUGGCUACACCGCAAUCUUAGCCAGAGUAGCUUGUGGUGGAUUUAUAACAGGCUUCAUGACUUUUAUGUCUAUCGGAGGCUUCCCUUCUUUCAUUGAAGAAAUGAAGGUCUUUUAUCGAGAAAAGCUCAAUGGCUAUUAUGGGGUUACAGUGUUUAUCCUGUCCAAUUACUUAUCCUCUUUCCCAUUCUUGGUUUCGAUCGCGCUCCUCUCCGGGACCAUAUGUUUUUACUUGGUGAAAUUUCGAUCGGGAUUUAAUCAUUAUGUAUUCUUCUGUCUCAAUAUCUUCGGCUCCAUUUCUGUAAUAGAGAGCCUGAUGAUGGUUAUCGCUUCGCUGGUCCCUAAUUUCUUGAUGGGACUUAUUACAGGGGCCGGAAUCAUUGGAAUCAUGAUGAUGACCUCUGGUUUCUUCAGAUUGCUGCCUGAUCUUCCAAAACCAUUCUGGCGCUACCCAGUUUCGUAUAUCAAUUAUGGAGCCUGGGGAAUUCAGGGUGCCUACAAGAAUGAUUUCCUCGGACUCGAGUUUGAUCCUCUAAUACCUGGUGAUCCAAAAAUCCCUGGAGAAUUUGUUGUCACGCGUAUGUUCGGCAUUCCCCUGGAUUAUUCGAAGUGGUGGGAUUUAUCUGCUAUUUUUCUUAUUCUCGUAUGCUAUCGGAUUCUUUUCUUCAUCGUUCUCAAGCUCAAGGAGAGAGCUUUGCCAUUCGUUGAGGAUCUAUACUCUAAGAGAACCUUGCACAUACUUGAGAAGAGGCCUUCGUUUAGGAAGGCACCAUCUUUUUCUUCAAGGAGACAUCAACCUCUUCAUUCACUGUCUUCCCAGGAGGGCCUUAGCUCUCCUCUCAACUAGAAGCACCAAUAAUAUAUUGAGCUGCUACAAUUAUCCAAUUUACAAUGCUAUUUCUGAGGCUUAAUUUUACUGUAAUGUUAAAGUUCUUGCAUAUACAGAAACAGAUGAAGAUAUAUAGUAGUCCUGUUGAAGGUAAGCAAUCAUACAGGACUGACUUAAUAUUAUUUCUGAUGGAUAUAAUAAAAACAUACAUGAGAAAUCAUCCAGCUUCUAUGUAAUAUUUAUUGUUUUAAUUAUGCAAAUUUCUUCUCUAGACUUUUCGAAUAA